AUUUUUAAAUUAGAUUUUAAAACGGGGUGGCCAAAGUUCAAUCAAUAUUGGUCGGUAAUUGACGUCAUGGACCCUAAUGGAUUCUUGAUAGACUAUGAGACUCGUAAUAUUUCUCACUUUUGCAGCGAUCCCAGUGUUUCCCGUUUUUUAAACUGCGUUUCACUAAACGCAGUAUAAAAAACGCACCGUAGCGCUGGUGAAAACGGUGCGUCGUUAAACGAGUUUAAUUUCGGCGUUUAACAUAAACUUAGUUUCGUUAACCUGCGUUUCCGGUGAAAAUCAGCCUUACAAUACUUACACGAAAUUAUGCUGUUCGAUCUUUCGCACUGAAACUGCUUAAUGUUAAGUGUACUUUAAGGGAAAAUUAAAAAGAACCCGAAACUCCGAUAGACAUGCAGUACAUGAGCAACCUAGGAGGUUGCCUGUUGAUUGCUGGAUGACACCAACAUGGUGCAUGGUCUUUUACAUUUUUUGUAUUCAAAUUAUAACAAAAUAAAAACACGAUUUUUUCAGGUGUAUAUUUCCUACAAAUGAUAAGUUGAGGAGUAUUUGGAUUAAGCGGGUUGGCUGUGAACAAUUAGUGACAAAAUUGGAAGUGCGAAGAAUUUUUAUUUGUAGUAGACAUUUUCAUAAAGCGUGUUUCAAGAAAAACGGAACGCUAUUACGAAAUUCUCUACCAACAAAAGACCUUCCCGGUAUGUUUAAAUAAGACUAGCUUAUGUCUUGUUUUAAAGAUUACUCUACCUAAAUUAUUAACCCUACAUACCACAUGUAUUUCGAAGGUUUCCAAGGUGCAGCAUCCAUAGAGAAUAGCUUAUAUCGGGAGGGUAUACCAUCUGCUGAGGGAAGAGCUGCAACCCCCCUGAAUAAUCAAGAUGGUAUUCGUAUGGCAGAGUCAAACACUAUUUUAACCCAUACGAGUCCGUUGGAGUGUGAUAUUCCUGGACCGUCACAUGAAUAUGUUGCCACAGUUCCGGGCUCCAAAGACAUCCUUUCUAGCCCUUUAAAUGCUACGUAUACACCACCCACUUACGAAUUGCGUACCCCGCAAAAAAUUGAAGAUGGUAUUCUGGACAGCGCGUCAACUGCUUUCACCUGUACGAAUUCUACAAGUGCCGCAGUUCCGCGUGUAAGGAGGCUUAAUUUGAAAGGACUACAAGUUGCUACACAGCAAAUGCAUUCGUCGCAUCGCGCACAAAUUUUGUUUGAGGGCGUAAAAAAGUCCAAGAAUAUUUUACAUCGGCAGCAGGUAAGAAAGCAUAAACAGUUGUCCGAUGUAAAGUUUAAUCAUUUACUAUCCGCCCUUAUGCAAAAUUUGAAAAAUGUGAACGGAAUCGAAAGAAAAUGUAUUUUGGCCAAAAAUAGAAAUAAAAAGUUGAUACCCCGCGGCAGAAAGUUUUCUCUUGAGGAGAAAAUUUUUGCUUUGUCAAUAUACAAGCAAUGCGGGAAAAGUUACCGAUACUUGUCUGACGCCUUUGGUUUACCUUCUCGUAAAACGCUUGUAAAGGUUCUGCAACAUAUACCUUUUCAUACUGGAAUUAAUAACCGUUUGUUUCAGCAUUUAAAGGUACGAGUUAGUAAACUAACCUUGUUAGACAGACAUUGUGUGCUUAUGUUUGACGAAAUUGCGUUGCAACCUGGUCUUCAAUAUAAUUAUAUACUGGACUGUGUAGAUGGAUUUGUAGAUCUGGGUGGAGCGGAUCGAAGACCGAAAUUUGCAGAUCAUGCAUUAGUUUUUCUUUUAAAGGGCAUUCGCAAACAGUGGAAGCAACCGAUUUGUUUCACUUUUUGCGAAGGCACCACGCAAACGGCAGAUUUAAUUGAUUUAAUUAAAUCUGUAGUUCGCAAGGUUCGUGAAACAGGUUUGUUAAUAGUGGCAACUGUUUCCGACCAAGGAGCAACUAAUGCAGCUGCAAUUAGGUCACUUAUCCAAGACACACAGCGCCAGUGUGUAAGAAAAGGUGUUGACAAUGGGUACCAAGGGUAUCUCGUGGACGAAAUGGAGAUCGUGCAUUUAUUUGAUAUUCCUCACCUUUUCAGGGGAAUUAGGAAUGGACUCUUAAAGGACGAUCUCCAUUUCGUUGAAGACGGGGUAAGCAAAGUUGGGUCGUGGGACCAUUUAGUAAAGUUGUAUCAGAUAGAACGCAACAGGGGUCAUUAUUCUUUAAUUUACAAGCUAACCGAUGAACAUGUGUUAGCAAGUAAAUUGAAGAAAAUGAGCGUCAAACAUUGCACGGAAGUGUUCAGCAGAACUGUGGCAUGCGCGAUGCAGUUCAGAGCUGUAGCAAGUACUGGAUUGAACCAGUCUUCGGAUCACUAUUUAGAUCCUAAGGCAACCGAUACGGCACACCUCUUUUUGUUCCUGGAUGAGCUGUUUGACAGCUUGAACGGGAGCCAGAUUCCAGUUUAUCCUCGGAAGCCAUUGAGGGGUGUGGUGACACGAAAAUCUCGUCAUGUCUCGUUUUGGGUUUCCGUUGCCCUUCCCUUAUUAAAAUCAAUGUCAUUUUCCAAUUCCACUGUCACUCCUUCCAUUAAAAACCUUGUUUUUACGUUGCGUGGCUUCUUAUACAUCUGGAAUCAUCUAAGGGGCAAAAACUUUAGGUAUUUUAACCCUAGAUCAUUCCACAAAAGUCCUCUUGAAUAUUUAUUCAGUUGUAUAAGAAGCCAUGAUGCGACAAACACCCGUCCCAAUUGUUCCGAAUUCAUGUCUUCCGCCAAAUCUCUCCUUAUAAAUGGUUUUGUGUCAUCACAUUGUCUUGGGGACAAUUGUGAGCCAGACGAUUCAGUACGUGUUUUGGCCAAUUUUAAAUCUUUUGUUGAGACCCGCAGCGUGCCACUUUCUACUGAACAUUUUCAAGUUCCGAUAGCAACUUAUUCAACACCUGAAGCCCUUGUUUGCAACAAUCCCCUCGAUUUCGCCACGCCGUAUCUUGCUGGGGUAGUGGCAAAAAAAUUUUCUCCUCAAGUGGCAUGCAGCAACUGUCGCAAAAUAAUGGAGUCGUUGGCAGAUGACCCUCAUAAUAUACUCAUUAAACAUCGCGAGUAUAUUAUGAGGGAGGGACCUUCAUCACUUUUCACGUCCACUAAAUUUUUUGCUGCCUAUAGACAUAUAGCCAAUGUUAUUUUCUUCCUGAUACCUAAAUUCAUAACGUCUUAUGGAAUCAGGAAGAAAAUUAUUGAUCAUUUGCGCACAGAAGUGGAUAUUGGGUAUGUAUUUUGUGCUGAACAUCAUGAAGAGAAUACAUACCUAAUGUACAAAGUGUGCACAAAUGUCAUUCUAUUUAGCUAUGUGUCUAAGGUUAAUAGAAUUUUAUGUCGACGAGACUUUCGUCAUCGAGAUGACGACGAAGUAACUCGAUUGGCCUUCAGCAAGUUUUCUACGAAAAGAGGUUAUUAGUGCAGUUGAGCAACUACUUUUUACAGCAACAUACAAUUUAUAUAAAUUUAAAUUAUCUUACAAAGCAAAUAUGUCGAAUUUGCAAACAUAUUAACAACGGCAUGCAAACAUCCUGCAAUAUCAAUUUAUUGAGAGGUAAUUUAUACCAAAGACAUUAAUAAAUAGACAAAGCUAAUCAUUCAUAAAUCCCGCUCUGUUUGGGAGCAACAUUAACUUCUAUCGAUCGGCGAUUUAUUUAACGGUUUAAUUGCUAUCUGUUCAGCUUCGCUUAGUUCAUGAGUGUACAUUUUAGUAAAUUUAUCUUACAGUUGAAAAUUAAUAUUAUUUAUAAUAAAUUGUCAUAAUGUAACAUUAAGACGCUAUUAGGUUAUUUAUAGCUAGAUCGGGUUCGAAUGUUGUUUAGGUAAUCAGAUGCGUACGUGAGAACCCAGAAUUAACGGAAUAAUCAUGUCAUCAAGGCAUGGUACAUAACAAUGCAUGCCCGUUUAUUACUGGAAAACUAAUUGUUUCAAUAAAUCUACGUAAAAUAACGACUAUAAUUAACGAUUUUUCAGUUUCAAUGAGUCGGAAGAACUGAAAUUAAAACAUUUAAUUACCAAACCCAUAUUUUUCUAUUCAAAUACAAGGUCAACAAAUCCAUCUGUUUAAUGUGAAACUAAACUAUCAUAAAACUAUUAAUUGCAAAUUUGAAUUACAUUGUUUCUACAAAUGAAUGAAGCACGGUUGCACAUUUCUUUAUGACGGCCGCUGCUAAAUUACGAAAAGGGUAUCCACAAGUCUCUGGUUUAUAUAAUGUUAAUGUCGUAUCAAGUUCUGAAGACCGCAGAACAUCCUACUGGGGGAUGGGGAAUGUUCUGUACUGAAAACUGAUAUCGAUGGAUGGGGAAGAGUAAAUUUUCAGUUUAUUGUCGCUAUACUUUCCUGGGACAUCCGUAAUUAAAAUAAUAAAAAUUGAACUAAAAGUAAAUUAAAUUAAGUUACUAAUUAAUAAAUGUUUUUGAAAGUAUAUUUCGCUUGCCCAUGUUUACGCCGACUGUCUAGCCAUAUUUAGUUUUUAUGCUGGCCCAAAUUACAUUGUAAAUAUCCUUUUUAGAAGGAACGUUUUUAGUUAAUUACCUCUUUU